AUGAUUAGUUGUGUGCAGCUGUGGCAUCACUGGGCAGUCCCUGUCCUGUUCAUUGCAUGGGCGCUGGCAGACAUCUCUCGGUAUCCUUGGUAUGCAGCAGCCCAAAUUGGCACCCCUCCCAAGCUGCUCACAUGGCUGAGGUACACUGCAUUCGUGCCCCUUUACCCUCUGGGCAUUUUCGGGGGGGAGAUGCCACUUAUAUAUACCAGCCUGCCGUAUUUGAGGGAUCGCCAGCUGCACAGCCUACGCAUGCCCAAUAGUCUCAACUAUGCUUUCAGCUACCAUUACUUUGCCCUGGCGGGCUUGUAUGUCAUCCUUCCUGCGGCGUUCCUGCAACUAUACAGCUACAUGCUGCAACAGAGGUCCAAACGGCUGUCCCCAAGGGCAAAGGUGGCUUGA